AUGUUCUCACGGUUCAGUUCGCCACCUGCCUGCCAGGGGAAACCCAGGCUGGUCGAUGAGCCGCCAACACCUGCGCCUCUGCGCCGCCUUCGGCCACCUCGACCAGAGCCAAAGGAGAAGAAUGCGGCGUCCACCACCGCUGGCAGUGAAGAGGCCGCUGCUGAUAAACAAGCGUUUCAGGCAGUGCAUUUUGGUCCAAGACCAAGAAUUGUGCAUUUUGACUUGCCUGGUGUCGAAGAUGAGGAGGAAGUCUCUGGCUCUUACUACCCGCCCGGAGUUCCUGUUCCACCCAGUCGUCUGCAGGUCUUUGCCAACAGACCACGCAGACGGAAGGUCAUCUGGGAGACACCGUCGCAGGAAGUGCAGAUUGCGAUGGCACAGCUCAGAGCUGAGAUACAAGCAAUGGAGAACCCGCCACCCACAUCGUGGAUUGGGCGUUUAAUGGAGAGUCUACUCGACAUGUAUCGGAACAAGAGAGAUUACCGGCGAAACCAUGGUUUGGCAGAGAGACCCGGGUUCGUCACACGAAUGAAGAGAAGACUCGCUCCUGUUCCUGAGGCAAUGAGAAGAUUUCUGUAUCUGAAGAAGAAUACGGACGACAGACAGCUGCCGACGGGCAUAGAUUCAACUCUUUGUGAUUAUAUUCUUCAUUGUGAACACCCUGACCCUAAUUACCCUCCGAUUAUUUCGUUAACACCACAGCUACUUGAAACUGCCCUAUGUUCUCACGGUUCAGUUCGCCACCUGCCAGCCAGGGGAAACCCAGGCUGGUCGAUGAGCCACCAACACCUGCGCCUCUGCGCCGCCUUCGGCCACCUCGACCAGAGCCGAACGAGAAGAAGGUGGAGUCCACCACCGCUAGCAGGGAAGAGGCCGCUGCUGAUAAACCAGUGCUUCAGGCAGUGCAUGUAA